GCCGCCACGGCCGCGGCUCAGCCGAGCUUCCCGGAUCUGAGCCCAGACGGCGGCGGCUGGGGCAGCCUGGGCGCCGCGACCCUCUGCGGCCACAGGGGGACGGGGAGGAGGAGGAAGAGGCGGAGGCAGCGGCGGCAGCCGCGAGGAGGAGGAGGAGGGUUCGAUCGUCUGUUCCGACGCAGACAUGGUGGACUGAUCCCCGGCGGGGCCGAGAACAAGGUUUCCUGAGGCGCCCCCCGCGCGUGGCCCCGCCGCGCCCUGCACCCCGCAGCCCCUCGCCGGCACACGGGUCCGGUGCGGCGGCCGGGCCGGGCAGUAGCCUUCCCGCCGCGUCCCGCGCCGGGUCCCUAUGGAGGCGCCGCUCGCCGGCGAGGCCGCCGACCAUGCCUAGGAGGGCCGGGAGCGGGCAGCUGCCGCUACCCCGGGGCUGGGAGGAGGCCAGGGACUACGACGGCAAGGUCUUCUACAUCGACCACAACACCCGGAGGACCAGCUGGAUCGACCCCCGGGACAGGUUAACGAAGCCCUUGUCAUUUGCUGACUGUGUUGGCGAUGAGCUUCCGUGGGGAUGGGAAGCCGGUUUUGACCCUCAGAUUGGUGUCUACUACAUCGAUCACAUAAACAAAACCACACAGAUUGAAGAUCCAAGAAAACAAUGGAGGGGGGAGCAGGAGAAAAUGCUCAAGGACUAUCUGUCAGUGGCCCAGGAGGCCCUCAGAACAAAGGAGCUGUACCAUGUGAAAGAGCAAAGACGCCUGGCCCUGGACGAAUACGUCCGCUUGAAUGAUGCCUACAAGGAAAAGUCGAGCUCUCGUACCAGCUUAUUCUCAGGAUCUUCAUCCAGUACUAAAUAUGACCCUGAUAUUUUAAAAGCUGAGAUCUCCACUACGCGAUUAAGGGUUAAAAAGCUGAAGCGAGAGCUCUCACAGAUGAAGCAAGAAUUGCUCUAUAAAGAACAAGGCUUUGCAACCUUGAAACAAAUUGAUAAAAAAAUGUCUGGAGGCCAGAGUGGCUAUGAACUUAGUGAAGCCAAAGCCAUUCUAACUGAGCUGAAAUCCAUCAGAAAGGCUAUUAGCUCAGGAGAAAAAGAAAAACAGGAUCUGAUGCAGAGCCUUGCUAAGCUGCAGGAGCGGUUUCAUUUGGACCAGAGCACUGGCACAUCUGAGCCAGACUUGAGAUCCAGUCCUGUGAACUCCCAUUUAUCUCUCUCUAGACAGACCCUGGACGCCGGGUCACAGACAAGCAUUUCCGGAGAUAUCGGAGUGAGAAGCAGAUCAAAUUUAGCUGAAAAGGUCAGGCUGAGCCUCCAGUACGAGGAAGCCAAAAGAAGUAUGGCCAAUUUGAAGAUUGAACUGUCGAAACUGGACAGUGAGGCCUGGCCCGGGGCGCUGGACAUUGAGAAGGAGAAGCUGAUGCUAAUCAAUGAAAAAGAAGAACUUCUGAAGGAGCUUCAGUUCAUCACUCCACAGAGGCGCACGCAAGAUGAGUUGGAGAGCCUGGAUGCCGAGAGGCAGCGGCUGGAGGAGGAGCUGCUGUCAGUGCGGGGGGCGCCCAGCAGGGCCCUGGCCGAGAGAUUGAAAUUGGAAGAGAGAAGAAAAGAACUGCUACAGAAACUUGAAGAAACUACUAAGUUAACUACAUAUUUGCAUUCACAACUUAAAAACCUCUCGGCCAGUACCCUGUCCAUGUCUUCCGGGAGCAGCCUGGGCUCCCUGGCCUCCAGCCGAGGGUCUCUGAACACGUCCAGCAGAGGGUCGCUCAACUCCCUCAGUUCCAGCGAGCUCUACUACACGGGUCAGGGUGACCAGCUAGACGUGGAUUAUCAGUACAAACUGGACUUCCUCCUGCAGGAGAAAGGUGGUUACAUCCCCUCCGGACCUAUCACCACCAUCCACGAACACGAAGUGGUCAAGUCCCCCAGCCAGCCCGGCCAGAGCGGGCCCUGCGGGGCCGUGGCCGCAGCCACAGGCCACGCUCCCCCGCUGAGCGAGGCCCCCAAGUCCGUGGCGUCCCUGUCCUCCAGGUCCUCCCUGUCGUCCUUGUCCCCUCCCGGCUCGCCCCUGGUCUUGGAAGGCACGUUCCCCAUGUCUUCCCACGACGUCCCUCUACAUCAGUUCGCCGCAGACUUUGAGGACUGUGAAUUGAGCAGCCGUUUCGCAGAUCUGGGCCUGGGAGAGAAUCAGCUUUUGCUGGACUCCGACUCGGGGGGAGUGCCCCAGUCUCUCUCAGAGGAGAAGAGCCUCCCCGAAUGUGCUCGGGAGCCACUGUUUGAAGGGCCUGCAGACAUGGAAAAAUCAUUACCCAAAAGAAGAGGAAUCCACCUGCUUGGGGAGAAAACCACCUGCGUGUCAGCCGCCGUGUCGGAUGAGUCUGUGGCUGGAGACAGCGGGGUCUACGAGGCUUUCGUGAAACAGCCCAGCGAAGUCGAAGACGUUCCGUUCGGUGAAGAGGAUGUGGCCAUCGUGGAGACGGCCCAGGUGCAGAUUGGACUCAGAUACGAUGCAAAAAGUUCAAGUUUCUUGGUGAUUAUAGCACAACUCCGCAAUCUUCAUGUCUUCCUGAUACCUCACACUUCCAAAGUAUAUUUUAGGGUUGCUCUACUUCCCUCCUCAACUGAUGUCAGCUGUCUAUUUCGAACGAAAGUCCAUCCAGCCAUGGAGUCCAUGUUGUUCAAUGACCCAUUCAGAGUGGCCAUCUCCCAGACAGCCCUGCAGCAGAAGACUCUGAGAGUGGACCUGUGCUCUGUCAGUAGACACCGAAGGGAGGAGUGCCUGGCUGGAACUCAGAUCAGCCUGGCAGAUUUACCUUUUUCCAAUGAGAUUUUCACUCUGUGGUAUAACUUGCUUCCUUCAAAGCAAAUGCCCUGCAAAAAGAAUGAAGAAGAAACCGAGGAUUCUGUAUUUCAACCAAGCAAGCCAUUAGUCGAUUCUAUAGACUUGGAUGCAGUGUCAGCCUUACUCGCAAGAACAUCAGCUGAGCUGUUGGCUGUGGAACAAGAAUUAGCACAAGAAGAAGAGCCAGGGCAAGAAGAAGAGCAAAGAGGUCCAGAUGGAGAUUGGUUAACCAUGCUAAGAGAGGCCUCUGAUGAAAUUGCGGCUGAGGAAGGGGCUGAAGAUAAGUUGGCUGAGGGCAAUCACUGUGCAGAAGACUUAAGCUCAUGCCUGAGUGUGCCGGAGGUGAAUGAGGACAUGAGUAGGAAAAGGAACAGCUGUGCCAAUGACCUUGGGAGUCAGCCUCCCUCUGGAGUACCUGCCCUGGUUGAUAAAGAGACAAACACGGACGAGGCAGGCAGUGCCAGUGUGGCAGUUCGCCCCAAAGACCGCAGCGGUCUGAGCGCCCGACAGCGUCCCUUCGUGAGGAGCAGCGUGAUUGUUCGCUCGCAGACCUUCUCCCCUGGGGAGCGGAGCCAGUACGUCUGCAGGUUAAAUCGAAGUGACAGUGACAGUUCCACCCUGGCUAAGAAAUCACUGUUUGUAAGAAACUCCACCGAACGGCGAAGUUUGAGAGUGAAAAGGACAGUGUGCCAGCCGGUCCUCAGAAGGGCAGCGCCAGAAUGCCCAGUGCGAACCUCCCUGGACUUGGAGCUGGACCUCCAGGCCUCUCUGACCCGGCAGAGCCGCCUCAAUGACGAGCUGCAGGCCCUGCGGGGCUUGAGGCAGAAGCUCGAGGCCCUGAAGGCCCAGGGUGAGACCGACCUUCCGCCAGGCGUGCUGGAGGACGAGGGAUUCCAGAAGCUGCUGAGGCAGGCCGAGAAGCAGGCUGAACAGUCAAAAGAAGAGCAGAAGCAGGAUUUGAAUGCAGAGAAGCUGAUGAGGCAGGUCUCCAAGGACGUGUGUCGGCUCCGUGAGCAGAGCCGGAAGGUGCCCCGGCAGGUUCAGUCCUUCAGGGAAAAGAUCGCCUACUUCACCAGAGCGAAGAUAAGCAUCCCGUCCCUGCCGGCUGAUGACGUGUGAUUACAGCACCGACGACGUCCUUUCUUUACCACUUCAUUUCUUAGCGAGGGCAAAAGACUGAACAUUUGUCUUGUUUGGGGUUUUGGGUUUUUUUUUUUUUUUUUUUGUAAUAUAUCUAUCAACUCUUAAAGAGCUUUUAUUUCACAUCAGAUUUUCAACAUGUUAAUUUGUAAAGUACCUUGAAUAUAAUUCUUAUAUGUUUAAAAAAAGAAAAAAAAAUCAGAUAACCAAAAUGGGAUAAUGUGGUACACAAGUGUACAGUAUAUGUGUAUUGCCAGUGGGCUUUAUUUUGUAAAAAUGGAAUAGAAGCAGUAUCCAGAGAUGUAUCCUAUUGAAAUGACUGUUGAGAAAUAACUCGGUUUAGCAGAAGGUGGUUUUCGCUCUUCCUUUGCUUUUCCAUGAGCGACUGUGAAGAUGGCAGCGGCGCCGGGUACUUCGUACUGGAGGGCAGCUUGUCCAGCGUGACUUUAAACCUGAGUGCAAGCUUCAGUGCAGAGGCCCAGGUCCACCUGAAACAGGCGCUGCAUUCAUUUCCGUCACCUCUGUUGGAACAGCUUGUUUCCUUAAAACAACUUCCUUUUUGUCCUUUUCUAUGUGUCUAAAGAAAACAAAAACAAAAUGCUGAGUGCAAGAACACAAGAAUGCAAAGGAGCCAUACUCCUGGCCACGCUCAAGAUCCCAUGACUUAGGACUUUAGUGUAGAGAGAUGAAAGGAGAAAGCCAGUUCGCCCCCAGUACACUAAGAUCCCACAUCGGUGAGCAGCUGUGCUUCUCACUCAGCCUGAACUUGCGAGAGCGUUGAGAUGUGAGUUUUGGCCCUGGACCAGUAGUGUUUCAUCCUAGUGUGAGGUUGGUUCUCCAUUGAAGGAGAUGGUGGCCCCAAGUUGGGAGGACAGGCAGUGCUGGUAAGUGUGGAAGGCAGCACGUCAGCACUCGCUAGGUGAAACCAGGAACAUCGGGUAUCUGGAUUGAAUCAAGGUUGCCAAAAAUUUUUUUAAAAAUCACUUUAGUAAGCAGAUUGCUAACAUUUACUAGAGAUUACUUUGCUGCUCUCAUGUUUAGGAAAUCCCAGCUACCGUUUGUGGUGAGGAGUUGGGAGGCAAAGAGAGCACUUGGGGAGAUGGUUCAUUUGAAGUAAAAGCUGAGUCAUUUAUUAAAAAAAUAAAUAAAUAUAUUCUAAAUGAACAAGAGAGAAACUGGCUGAAGUGUCCUCCAGUGGAGAAGUUUCGCUUCCCCCGCCCGGGCACUUCUUAAAAGAAUUAAAUCCCCUGUGUCGCUCUGCCAGCAUAAAAGGCUUUUAAAGUAAAUAGUUUUCUGCAAAUUAGGUCGUACUUAUUUCUCAGUCGGGAAUACUGGAAGAGACAGUUUUGGGUGAGCCAUUUUAUCUAGCAAGUGAAAUCAAUAGUUUUUUUUUUUCUGAGAUGCAAAAAAAUCAUCACAUAGGAAUGGUCCCCUUAAAAAAGAAAGAAACACAUGUUCUGUUCCUAAGCUAGAAUCCUCACUGGUAAGGGCUUUCAUUUUCUUGAAAGUCAUUACACAUAUUUUGGAACGUUCAUCUUCUCAGAAUCAAAAUUCAAAUUAAGCAAUUUCUGAGCCUAGAACUUGACCGACUUUUUCCUAAGUGUCCCACCAUUUUAGAUACAACUAUCUCUGAAGCGAUAACUGGACGUGACACUACUUGGAACAAAAACCAGCCUCGUGAACUGACCGAGCACAGUCCUUCCAGGCUGCCCAGUUCUCCCAUUAGAUGACCAAGGAGAACUAGAAGAGCCCCAUUCAUCCUUGUCGAGGUCAAAUGUGAAAAACAGAAGUUUAUUUAAUGUAGAGUUCAAUGAAGGUCAGCUGUUUUCAGCUUCUUAGUUUGACCAUGAAAAUGUUUAUAGGAUUAUGUGUGGUUGUACCGUACGAUUUUAUUUUCUUCAUUUAUUUAUUUACGGUCUUAUUUAUGUUCUGUUUAAUAUAUAGUUCGGUUCUGACCAUCUUAAAUGUCUGCCAUAGAAGAGGCUAUAUUGGAAUAUUUACAGCUUUAUAAAUUCCAUCAGAUUAGCUGUUAACUUUUUGUAAUACAAAGAGUUUCAGACAAGCAUAAAAGAACAAAAUCUGUCUCAGGCUGGUAGUUAACUGUUGUGACCAAGAUGCUUUGGGUUUUAUUUUACAACAUUUGCUCAUUUCUAACAUGAAAGACGAACUUAUUUUAAUAUAAUCCUUUUUCACACUUAAAAAAAUCAGCAAUAGUGUUAUGUAUUUAUAGGCAGCUCUUAACAAUCCUGUCAUAUUUGUACUAACCCAAAUGAUUCACAGCGACAAAACAUUUUAAUAACUUGAUCACAAAACCAUAUGGACAACAUGAAUUUUAAUAUUAUAAAUACUAUUUUUUAAAGGUAGAAUUUAUUCUUCACAGGGUAAAAGAAUGUAAUAUUUAGUUCUCAAGUUUGAAUUACCAGUAUGUUAUUACGAUUUUGUAUAUCAGAAUCUAAGUGUUACAGGUACAAAAAGAAUAUUGCUAGCCAAAUGAACAAAGUUUAGCUGAAUCUCUGUAGCAUGCAAAUCAAAUAAAUUUAAAACCUUUUUUGGUAUUACCUUAUCUAUAUUGUAUUAAAUAUCAAAAGCUCAGGACUGAACUAAAUAUUUAAUCAGGUUAAAUUCUGAAUAUGUUUCUGUUUUAAUUUGUCUUGUUUGUAAAAGUAUGCAAAUACAUCACAGAUUAACUCUGGUUUCUGCA